CUGAAAUCUCGCGAGAUGACUACGGGAGUUGUUGGCACGGGAUCAAGACGCACAGUAGUUGAUGGCUCUGCUGGAGAUCAGAGCCUGCAGAAAGUGGCUGACAUGAUGGGGUUGUUCUCUGUGAGUGUCGGGCCCUUUCGGAACCGAGUGCGGACGGUCCGGACGUGGAGCCGAGACUUAUCCGUAAUUUCAGCUACUUUUCGCCACAGCGGUGCAGUUGCGGCGAAGACGCCACUGAUCCAAAGGAAAUGUGGAAGAUUAUAUCAACACAGUUUCCCACUUGCUCGGUUACUUAGCUCAAACAAACCGCCAAGAGGUUUUGAAAAGUUUUUCCCAAAGAGUGAGGAGAAUCCCGGUGUCAACAAAUCCAAUGAAAAUGAAAAUACCAAAGAGGAAGAAUCUCUUGAGAGGGAGGGACGGGACGCAAAUGAAGAAGGGGAUGAUGGACAAAGAGGAGGAAAAAAGGAAGAAUCACACUGGUGGACGCGUCUUCAGGAUGAUUUUCCCUUGGAUGAAAAAGCAUUACGUUACCUUGCAUUUGCUGCAGCAGGCAUGGCCUCAGCUUUUCUGUACUUCUACUUCCGAGAGACGGGGGUCCAGAUCUCCUGGAAGGACUUUGUGCAUCACUACUUGAACAGAGGCUUGGUGGAUCACCUGGAAGUUGUCAACAAACAAUACGUCAAAGUAAUUCCUGUCCAUGGAGUGAACACAUCCGAAGUGAGCUAUUUGUGGUUCAACAUAGGCAGUGUCGACUCAUUUGAGCACAACCUGGAGUUAGCUCAGCAGGAUAUGGGUUUUGACUCCACACACAAAGUCCCUGUUUACUACAGCAGUGAAAGUGAUGGGACAUUACUAUUUAGCAUUCUCCCAGCCUUACUUCUGGUUGGCUUCUUAGUUUUUGCCACACGGCACGGACCGAUGGCACAAUCUCGUGGAAACAGGGGGCGAGGAAACCCCUUCAGUAUGAGUAAAUCCAAAGCCAAGAUCAUAAAGGACAACAUCAGUGUUCGAUUCACGGAUGUUGCAGGCUGUGAGGAAGCCAAACUGGAGAUUUUGGAGUUUGUCAACUUCCUGAAGAACCCUCGGCAGUACAAGGAUCUGGGAGCUAAGAUCCCUAAGGGUGCAGUGCUAUCCGGUCCACCAGGAACAGGGAAGACCUUGCUAGCUAAGGCCACUGCAGGAGAGGCUAACGUCCCCUUCAUCACUGUCAGUGGCUCAGAGUUCCAGGAAAUGUUUGUUGGCGUGGGCCCAGCAAGGAUAAGGGAUAUGUUUGCCAUGGCUCGAAAAAAUGCCCCUUGCAUCCUUUUCAUUGACGAGAUUGACGCAGUGGGCAGGAAGAGAGGCAGAGGGAACUUCGGUGACCAGAGCGAGCAAGAAAACACGCUCAACCAGUUACUUGUGGAAAUGGAUGGGUUCAAUAGUAGCACCAAUGUGGUUGUUUUGGCUGGCACCAAUAGAGUUGAUAUCCUGGAUCCAGCUCUGAUGAGGCCUGGACGCUUUGAUCGACACAUAUAUAUAGGCCCACCAGAUAUAAAAGGCAGGGCAUCCAUCUUUAAGGUGCAUUUGAGACCUUUGAAGUUGGACUCCAGUAUAGAAGUAGAGGCUUUAGCCAGGAAGCUAGCUGCACUAACUCCAGGUUUUACUGGGGCUGAUAUUGCUAACGUGUGUAACGAGGCUGCUCUAAUAGCAGCACGUCACAUGAACCAGCAUGUUGAUACCAAGCACUUUGAACAGGCAGUCGAGAGAGUCAUUGGAGGUCUUGAAAAAAAAACACAGGUACUGCAGCUUCCAGAGAGGACUACUGUGGCGUAUCAUGAGGCCGGACAUGCUGUGGCCGGCUGGUUCCUAGAACAUGCAGACCCCCUACUUAAGGUGUCCAUCGUUCCCAGAGGAAAAGGUUUAGGUUAUGCUCAGUAUCUUCCUAAGGAACAGUACCUGUUCACCCGGGAGCAGCUGUUUGACAGAAUGUGCAUGAUGCUGGGGGGUCGAGUGGCUGAGCAGGUUUUUUUUAGUCGAGUCACCACCGGGGCACAGGAUGACCUCAGGAAAGUCACACAGUCUGCCUAUGCACAGGUUGUACAGUUUGGAAUGAGUGAGGCGGUGGGUCAGGUGUCUUUUGACCUCCCUCAGCAGGGUAACUUCAUAACUGAGAAGCCCUUCAGUGAACCUACAGCCCAGCUUAUAGACCAGGAGGUCCGCUUACUCAUAGAUGCUGCCUUCCAGCGGACACUUCAGCUUGUCACCGAUAAAAAAGGACUGGUGGAAAAGGUGGCGAAACGUCUUCUAGAAAGAGAGAUUCUAGACAAAGCCGACAUGGUGGAACUGUUGGGACCUCGUCCCUUUCAAGAGAAGUCAUCAUAUGAGGAGUUUGUAGAAGGGCUUGGGGAACUUGAGGAGGACACUUCCCUCCCUGAAGGGCUGAAGCACUGGAACAGAAACAAAGGGGAUGAAAAACACCUGCAGAGUGGGCAAAACAAAUCAGCUGUUUACUUGUAGUUGGACACGCAGGCUCAGGGCAAAUAUUCCACUGGAUUCGGGUGAAUAUUAGUGAAUAUAAGUGCAACAACAUCUCCUCUAGACUGCAACCUGUCAGGACUCUGAAAAAAAAACCUGUUUCAUCUCACUGACAACUGCAAAGGGAGGGAAGCUGAUGUGAUGCACAGGUCUUUAAUGACCUAGAUUAUGCAAUGUGCAAUUAUUUUGUAGUUUUUAUAUUCCAGCAGGAAUUCCAAAAAUACAUAUCAUUUUAAUGUUACGACGGUUUAAAGUCAAUAAGCUAAGGCAUUUGUGAAAAAGCCCAUUUGUAGCUUACCUUCCACUGGAGGUACCUUCUACACAUUUCCUCCCACACUCGGAUGCACUCACACUGACAAACAUACCACAAAAUAAUUUGCAGUUAGGUCAGGAAAGUUAUUGCGCUACAGUUAAAACAGAAUUCAAACGGGAUUUUGUGUUUAAAAUUCAGAAUGAGUUGACAUGGUGGUGGGUACAUUAACAUAUCUGACAUAUCUGUGCUGGAAUUAAAUUUUACUCUGAGGCUCAUUACUCUUAAUUAACCUUACUCCGUUUCAGCAUAACGGGUGUUUAUUUCUUACUGAUAAAUAAUGGUAAUGAUUCCCAUGAAUCUGUAUGAGGGUGGGUAGAGUAUUGUCUCAUCCACCACUUCACUAUAUUGGCAGAUUUUUUUCAUUCAUUUAUCAGUCAAAGCAGCUGUUAGGACUCAGUAUUUGCAGGUUUUACUUUUUGCACUUCUGACAGAUGUUACAAAUGUUAUUGGAUCGCAAGUACUGUAGGUUGUUUUCUCCUCUUCAGUGGUGUCCUCAGGGAGUCAGCUCUAAUGUAGACCUCGAUGACUCUUGGUUGAUGGUCACUUUAGCACCGGGAACAGCUGAGCUGAGUAAGAUGCUGCAAUUUUUUUUUCUCUAAAACAGAUGUUUAACUCUUCAGCGCUCACACUACCUCACAGUCUCCGUAUUUGUAGCGGCCUCUAAAAAUAACAUUAUACUCUGGAUAAUUCAUUGGUCACAAUAGUCAUACUACAGUGAGGUUAUGCUUCUCAUGUCUUGUUAAUGUUUAGUCGGUGUGAUUAAAACAAGAUAGUAAGUCUAGAUAGUAAUCUAAAGUGAGGACAAAUUGGUUUUUCCAUGGAUGGAUUUGGGGGGGUUUUCUCCCUCUCAAUACACAUAUACCCUCCUCCAGCAUCUAUUAACAUGACAACAAAUUGCUGUUAUUCAGGUAAUAAUUAUUUCAGUCAUUUGUGGCUUAUUUUAGAAGACACAAGUUAUAAUUGUCAUACAGUCUAUUUGAGAACAACUCCUUACACACUGUUAUCAUGACGUUAAGUGUCUUAAUAAUAAAGCCAGUUGCUUCUGCACAGAGUAAACAGCUUUACAGGUUUACUCUAUAAAAAAAUACCUGAAUUCCUGGCUUGCAUUAUGAGCAGUGUGUGCCCUUUUUAACAUUUUUAUCAGAUUUUCCACCAGGAUACCAACCAGCAUGACACAAUCAUCCAAAUUUCAGAAAAACAAAUAAAUAAUGAGCAGACUGAUGCUAUGUCAGUGUGGAUGAAAGCUGUUUUUGCUUAAUGAAUAUUUCUUUGUACAUGUCAGUGAGGAUUAUUGAUUUUACAUUGUGAUAUGAAGACAAAAGAAACAUCUAAAAUGUGAGGCUGUUGUGGCUCACACACACAU